AUGCGGCGUAACGAGUCGAAGAUCUAUUCCGAUAAGUUGUUUAAUGCCGCAGCCAACAACUCUCUUCUCACAGAAAUACUUUCGGCUUACAAAAAAAUCAUAUUCGAACCUGUAGGAAAGGCGGUAAUGCCUUAUUUUGGAUCUGAUACACACAAAUCGAGUGGAAACAAUACUAUUGUCUUGCUCGUUUUUAGCGUCGUGGCAUCUUCAUUCUUGCUUAAUCACAUUUUAGAUUUCGCGUUGUUAAUGUCCGAGAUUUUUGUCGGUGUUUGCCUUGUCUACUUCAUUUUAAACUCGUUCACACCUCUUUGCGAAAUAAUUAUAACCUAUUUCAACACGUCCUUUGGUCGCACCCGCAACCAUUUACCGACAAGCGACAAAAGCGACACAAACCGUGAGAUAACUCGUAACGAAGAGAUGAUGAAACUUGUGGCAUAUCACUGCGGAGAGCAAGAUCAACUGCACGAAAAUUUCUUCGUCGAAAAACAGCGUGAAAGGAUGACAUCUUCGAUGCCCAAGUUGAAAAAUUCAUCAUGCAGAUCAAACUUGAAAGAAGUCGCCAUCCGGUUCUUUGGUGGUUUUCUGGCGGUUGCGUUCUUGCUUAAAAACAUAACCCAUAUCCUGUUAUUCUCGUUUAAUAUUUUUGUUGGAACGUGUCUUAUCCAUAUCAUUUUGUGUUCUUUUACACCUUUUCACGAGAUAGUCGCAAUCCACUUUACAAAACCUAACCAAGUCGUUCGCGAUGCGACUUCAACAAACCCUGUCCCUUUCCAUAAAAACGAUUGCGAAAAGCAUACAUCCAAACGCGAUGACCAACAUCAACUCGAGAAAAAUACGAGCUUCACCAAUACACUGGUUGACUUGUGUACAACACAAGCGUCUUUUGUCAACCUGUCAAUCUCCAAUCAUCAGGACACAGAAAAACCGGAGGUCUCAGGAGGUUCCCGAGAUCAAGGUGCAAAGAUCGACAAGACUCUAAUUAUGGAAGGCGCACAAGAUCAAGAACACAAAGAUCAAUCAAUUGAACCAAAGAUCGACGAAUUGCCAAUUUCACUAAAGGUAAACAAAAACAUAGAACAAAUUGAAACGAGGGACGACGGUACUUCGGUUUCACAUUCGGGGGAUACAAUUAAAUUGAAGGAAAUACCGGAGGAUAAUCUGCAAGCAGUUACUGCGCCAUUGCUGGAUGCGGAAGAUGAAAAAAUUCCAAAAGUAUCUUUUAUGCCAACUGUUGAAAUUAAUGAAAUUUUCGAAGCCGCUUCUCCGGAGGUCUCUUGGCCAGAAAAAGUUAGCGAAACAAUCGUCACACGAGAAGUUGAAAUUAAUGACGAUGUACAGGUACUAAAAAGUACCGAAUUGAUGACAAAUCCAGAAUGGAUUCAAGGUAUUUCGGAAUGGAAAGUUCGAGAAGUUGAGAAGAGCGACGACGCAACCAUCUUUGUGAAUCUGGAUUCCGACAGAUUCAGUGAAUCAGAAUCGGCAUCAAUAUCAACUCUGGAAGAUCAUAAUGAAACGGUCAAGUCUUGCAAACCCGUAUACGAGCCUUUUACGGAGGUUCAUGUUGCACCACCGAGUGAACUUUUCCUCCACGAUGUGAUUGUUCAGCUUGAUCAAGAAAUUAGGAUGAUUGCAGAACACGAAAAAAAAGCAAAGUCGUUAAUCGAAGAGAAAGAGAUGAAAGAAGAACGAGACCAAGAAUAUAAGCUUACCAAACGUAUUCAGGAGACUUUGAUGAACCAAAUUCAUAUACUUAAUUAUCAGAAAUUACAAUAUGAAAUUCAAGAAAGGGAAAAUGCCCUCUCUCCCAAAAAUACUAUAAUUUCGGUUCCCGCAUUCACACUGGAAUCAGCGGAUUCCCGAAAUUUCGCUGUUUACAUCAUCAUGGUACAACAAAAAACCGAAGACGGCAGGUUGAAAUCUGGAUGGGUGCUAUCACGCCGAUACAAUGAAUUCUUUUCGCUCUAUCAACACCUGAAAAAGAUGCAACUUUGUGAGUUUAAUUUCCCCAAGAAAACCUUGUUCGCGGAUCUAAAUAACGAUCUCUUGGAAUUUCGAAGGGAGAAAUUUAACGAACUUUUGCAGGUCUUAAUUUCAAAUCCCAAAGUCUGCAACGACAUCGAAUUUCAAAAAUUCCUUUACAAAUAA